GAUACCUCCAGCCGCAGAUGCCCGUUCCCCAGCUCAUGGCUGCCCAGGACGACUCAACACUCUUGGGCUUCCCUCGUGCGGUCCUGCCCUCUCUAAAGUGGAUCCACAGCAGAACAGAAGCUCAAGCUGGGCUCCUUUAGGAAAGGGCAAGUUCAUUCAGACCUCGUCUUUCAGCCUACAAGCUCACCGAGAACAAGACCUUUAGAGCUGAAGCUUUCAGACUGCUAGAGGAAGAGUAGACAAUCAUAUAUAAAGAUGGAGCAGGAGAUUUCAAAAGUGCAGCGCAAGAUGUCGGACCUGGAGUCGGUUUUGCAGCAGAAAGACGUGGAGCUCAAGGCUUCAGAAACCCAGAGGACCAUUUUAGAGCAAGACCUGGCCACCUACAUCACCGAGUGCAGCAGUUUGAAGCGCAGUUUGGAGCAGGCCCGCAUGGAGGUGUCGCAGGAGGAUGAUAAAGCUCUGCAGCUGCUGCACGACAUACGGGAGCAGAGCAACAAACUGCAGGAAAUUAAAGAACAGGAGUACCACGCUCAGCUGGAGGAAAUGCGAGUGUCUAUUCGUCAGCUGGAGGAGAACCUCUCCGCUGCUCGCCGCCGCAGUGACCUGUACGAAUCCGAGCUGAAAGAGUCUCGUCAGACCAGCGAGGAGCUCAAGAGGAAGGCUGUGGAAUACCAGCAGAAGAUUCAGAAGGCUAAAGAACAAGGCAAGGCUGAGAUGGAGGACCUUCUGACCAAAUUGCAGAAGACCAAUGCAGAGCAACAAGUAAAGAUCGAAGAACUCCAGGAGAAGCUUGCCAAGGCCGUGAAAGCGAGCACAGAAGCCACUGAGCUCCUGCAGAACGUACGUCAGGCUAAAGAGCGUCUGGAGCGAGACCUGGAGCGUCUGCAGACCAAAGAGGACUCCACCGACAGCCUGCGCAGACGUCUGCGAGAGACAGAGGAUGGUAAGAAAACCCUGGAGAACCAGGUGAAGAGGCUGGAGAUGGUGGAACGGAGAGAAACUAAACUAAAAGAAGACAUUCAGACCAAGUCACAGCAGAUCCAACAGAUGGCUGACAAAAUCAUGGAACUUGAAGAGAACUUGCGUGACACGCAGGCAACAGCACAGCGAAUGGAAGCACACCUGGAACAGAAGGAAAAGCUUUACGCAGACAAGAUCAAGGUGUUAGAGACUCAAAUGAAGGCUGAUUUGGCUGAAAAGGAAUUGCUCGAGUCCAAGCAGAGCGCUUUUGAGGAGGAGUCUCGCGAGCGGGGAAAAGUGAUCAGUGACCAGACAGCGACAAUCAAUGCCAUGGAGUCAAAGAUGACCAGUCUGGAGCAGAGAAUCGCUGAGCUGUCCGAGGCCAAUAAACUGGCAGCCAACAGCAGCAUUUACACGCAGAAAAACAUGAAAGCCCAAGAGGAGAUGAUAUCUGAACUCAGGCAGCAGAAGUUCUAUCUGGAAUCUCAGGCUGGAAAACUGGAGGCCCAGAAUGCAAAGCUGGAGGAACAUCUGGAGAAGCUGACACAACAAGAACAGACUAACAAGAGUCGAGUGCUGGAACUAGAGGCCAGACUCAGAGAGAUGGGUCUAGAACAUGAGGAGCAGAAACUGGAGAUCAAGAGACAGGUGACGGAGCUCACACUGUCACUGCAGGAAAGAGAAGCUCAGAUCAGCAGCCUGCAGGCAGCGCGUCACGCCCUGGAGAGCCAACUACAACAGGCCAAGACUGAGCUGGAGGAGACGACCGCAGAGGCCGAGGAGGAGAUCACCGUCCUCCGGGCCCAUCGGGAUGAAAUCCAACGCAAGUUUGAUGCCCUGAGAGACAGCUGUGCGGUGAUCACGGACCUGGAGGAGCAGUUGACGCAGCUCACGCAGGAAAAUGCCGACCUCAACCGACAGAACUUCUACCUGUCCAAACAACUGGACGAGGCGACCGACGAGAACGAGGAGAGGCUGCAGCUCAAGCAGGACGUGGAGCGCUUGCGCCGGGAGGUGGCCGACCGAGAGAUGCACCUCAACAACCAGAAACAGAACAUCGAGACGCUGAAGACGACAUGUACAAUGCUGGAGGAGCAGGUGCUGGAGUUGGAGACACUAAAUGAUGAGCUGCUGGAGAAGGAGAGACAGUGGGAGAACUGGAGAUCUGCCCUGGACGAGGAGAAGAAUCAGGCCGAGCGCAGAACCAGAGACAUACAGAGACAACUGGACAACGAGAAGCAGAACAGACUCCGUGCAGAGCAGCGCAAUUCUGAGUCUCGUCAGGCAGUCGAACUGGCAGUGAAAGAACAUAAAGCUGAAAUCUUGGUACUGCAGCAGGCCCUGAAAGACCAGAAACUCAAGGCUGAAGGUCUUUCUGACACUCUGAGCGAUCUGGAGAAAAAACACGCCAUGCUGGAGAUGAAUGCGCGCAGCCUGCAGCAGAAGCUGGAGACAGAACGAGAGCUCAAACAGAGGCUCAUGGACGAGCAAGCAAAACUGCAGCAGCAGCUGGACAUGCAGAAGAGCCACAUCUUCAGACUGACACAAGGACUUCAGGACGCGCUGGACCAGACGGACCUUCUGAAGACCGAGCGAACAGACCUGGAGUACCAGCUGGAAAACAUACAGGCGGCGUACUCUCACGAGAAGGUCAAGAUGGAGGGGACCAUCACCCAGCAAACCAAGCUCAUAGACUUCCUGCAGGCCAAGGUAGAGCACCCCUCUAAGAAGAAAAAGGGGCUUUUUGGCGGCCGCCGUCGAGAGGAUCUGCUGGCGGCGCUGGCAGCUCAGGGGCAGACGCAGGUGCCCGCUGUGCCCGCCGUGACCCCUGUCCCCCUGCAGUACAGCGACCUGAAGUCCGCGCUGGAGAAAGAACGUGCCCGCUGCUCAGAGCUUGAAGAAGCGCUGCAGAAAACACGCCUGGAGCUCAGAGAGGUUCAGUUUAAUAAAGCUCUGGAGCACAGCGGUACUCCAGCCACCCCCGGUUUGGCUCGCCAGCAGCUCAUGAUGUCCACCAAAUCCAACAAGUCCCCUGAGCACCAGCCCAGCAGCGGCCUGAUGUCGUCCAGCUCUGCCCGCAGGAAGGACGCUGCCAAUCCUGAAGAAAUAAGGAGAGUCACUUCUGAAAAGUACACCAGACGUGUGAAGGACAGGAUCCAUCACAACACUCCUCACCGCUUCACGCAGGGGCUCAACAUGAGGGCGGCCCGCUGCACCGUGUGUCUGGACACAGUCCAUUUUGGACGGCAGGCCGCGACCUGCAUCGAAUGUCAUGCUUUGUGCCAUCCGAAAUGCUCCCCGUACCUUCCAGCCACCUGCGGCGUGCCCACAGAGUACGCACUGCAUCUGUCCGAGGCCUUGUGUCGGGAAAAGGGAAGCACCUCCGGCCUGAAAGACGUCGGUGGACACAUGAGGCUGGAAGGAUGGCUGAAGCAGCCCAGAAAUGGGAAGCGUGGUCAGGGCUGGGAGAGGAAGUACGUGUUGUUGGAUGGAUAUAAAGUGAUCACGUACGAGACAGAACCAAGAGACGAGUCAGUGAAGCCGCUGGAUGAGUUUGAGUUGUGUCUCUCUGAUGGAGACGUGACUGUUCAUUCUGCUGUUGGUGCCUCUGAGCUGCCCAACACUGCCAAAACAGAUGUGCCAUACGUGCUGAAGUUGGAGUCAUCUCCGCAGUCGACGUGCUGGCCCGGUCAGACUCUGUACCUCAUGACUUCAGGAUACUCUGAGAAACAGCGUUGGGUGGCCGUGCUGGAAGCCAUCGUGGCCAGCAGUCGUGGAGCGAGAGAGAAAGCUGAAGCAGAUGCUAAAUUGUUGGGUAACUCUUUACUCAAGCUAGAAGGAGACGACCGUCUGGAUAUCAACUGCACCCUCCCACUGACUGAUCAGAUUGUGUUGGUGGGCUCUGAGGAGGGUCUGUAUGCCCUGAAUGUGAUUAAAAACUCUCUCACUCACAUCCCGGGUCUGGGAUCCGUGUUUCAGAUCCACAUCAUCAAGGAGCACGACAAGCUGCUGAUGAUCGUGGGGGAUGAGCGGGCACUGUGUCUGGUGGAGAUUAAGAAGGUGAAACAGUCUUUGUCCCAGUCUCACCUCCCCACACUGCCAGAGAUUGUGCCAUAUAUCUUUGAGACCGUCAAGGGCUGUCAUCUGUUUGCCACAGGCAGGAUAGAAAAUGGUCCAUGCAUUUGUGCAGCAAUGCCCAAUAAAGUCACAAUUCUACGUUACAACGACAAUCUGAACAAGUUCUGUAUACGGAAGGAGAUUGAAACGCUUGAGCCGUGCAGCUGCAUCCACUUCACCAGCUAUAGCAUCAUCAUUGGUACCAAUAAAUUCUACGAGAUUGAGAUGAAGCAGUGUGUUCUGGACGAGUUCCUGGACAAGAAUGACGUGUCGCUGGCGUCGGCUGUGUUCACCGGAUCCUCCCACAGUUUCCCCAUCUCCAUCGUCCAGGUGUCCAGCACUCCGCAGAAGGAAGAAUAUCUGCUCUGCUUCCAUGAGAUCGGUGUGUUCGUGGAUGCUUAUGGUCGAAGAAGUCGCCCUGAUGAUCUCAAGUGGAGUCGACUUCCCCUGACAUUCGCUUUCAGAGAGCCAUAUCUGUUUGUGACCAACUUCAAUUCACUGGAUGUUAUUGAGAUUCAGGGACAUGCAGCACUUGGGCCUCCCAGUUUCGUUCACCUGGACAUUCCUAACCCACGUUACCUGGGUCCGGCCAUAUCGUCUGGUGCCAUCUAUCUGGCCUCAUCCUACCAGAACAAACUGCGGGUCAUUUGCUGUAAGGGCAGCCUGGUGAGGGAGUCUGGGGAACUGCAGAGGACCGGUUCGAGCAGGAGCAGCCCAAACAAGCGUGGGCCACCCACGUACAACGAGCACAUCUCCAAGCGCCUGGCCUCGGGUCCCGGGGCCCAGGAGGGGCCGCUGCACCGCGAGCCCAGCACCCCUCACCGCUACCGCGAGGGCCGCACGGAGUUCCGGAGGGACAAAUCUCCGGCCCGGCCUCUGGAGCGCGAGAAAUCCCCCGGUCGCGCUGUGCUAGACAGCCGCAGGGAGAGGUCGCCCGGGCGCUUCGAGAGCAGCGGCAGCGAGAGAGACCGGGAGCGCUCGCGUCUUCACUCUAGCUCUGUACGCACCCAGCUGACGCCCGUCAACAAGGUACGCAUGAGACACUGCCACGUAAACUGUGUAUCCUUCUAGGGAUACAAACAUCAGGUUUGGCGAUGUUCAUGCAUGCACAAAUACAUGAACAUCCGCUGCUUAGUUAAAUUCCUUCUAGUUAUGGCCUCAAACAAGAUGCACAGUUAAUGCCCAGCCAUUAAAAAAAGUCUCUGGGAAAAGAAAUCAGCAUCCUUUGCAGCAGUAAUGAUGUUUCUGAGCUGAUCUGCGUCAGACAGGGCAGGCAGCCUGUUGAAGUGUUGAAGUGACCUCUUUAUCCUGGUGGUGGUGUAGGUUUGGGACCAGUCUUCAGUCUGAGAACGUCCCGGAGGGAUGACGUAAGAGCCAUCGUCCACUUCCUGCGUGGAUGGACGCGCCCUUUUAACAGGCGCUUCGUAAAACUCUGAACUGUAUCAUCUCAUGCCUGUAACCGUGAACAGAGUCAUGUUAUUUCACUCGAGUCUGGGACAUUGUGCUGCUGAUGUUGUAAAAUCUGUCCAUGCUGUAACCAUUCAUGAAGGUCCAUUGUGAACUGCAGUUUUUUGGCAAAAGACCCUUGAAGGAAUAUCUCGGGUUCAGUACAAAUAACUCUAGCGACGGCAUUUUGUGGCAUGAUGGCCAUUGCCAAAGGAAGUCAUUUUGGCUCGUCCGUUAUUUUUUAAAAGUAAAAAAUUGUGGUUACAGUAAGGCAAGACACUACAGGCACUGGUCAAUUUUGCAUCCAUAACUUGUCUUCUAUGAGACCAGUGGAAUGAAAACAUCCAAAAUGCACAUUUAACUCUUUAUUACACUUUGUCUGUUUGCAUCUGUGCAUUUCAUUUACAAUACAUAUCUCAAAAGGCGGUGAGAUUUUUCAGAAAUCUCCAUUUCAGCAGCACUUACAGACACUAAACUUUACAGUUUUAAUGAAGGUAAAUGUUUAUAUAACAUUUUAUUCCUAAAAACAUGGUGAAAAUAUUGUUGACAGUAGUUUCUGAUUUAUUGAGUAGUAAUAGAGAUAUCCAAAACCCCCUGUGAAAAAAAACCCCCAGACAAAACAUUUAACUCUAAUAUGUCAACAGAAUGAAACGAGAAUUUCAAAUCUGGCCUGUUCUGGAAAUGUAUCCAAAUUAGUUCAUAUUUAACUACAUAAAGAUAAUGUCUCCUUUGUAUAUGGAUCAUUGGCGAAUCAGGUUUUUAAAAGUGUAAAAACCAUAAUGGAGAUUAGAUUUAUUAAGUGUUAACAAUGAGAUUAUGUGGCUUUUAUAAACAAUUAAUACUGCUUUUGUCAUUUUAUACAAGAUGGACAAAAUUUGU